GCCCUCCUCCGAUAACAGCAGGACAACACAGGAACCUGUAUUAUUCUUAGCCGGUGCUUACGGUUACUGUCUUUGGAUCGUUAUCUUGGAGCCUGAUCCAGUCCUUGUCUCUUUUACCUCGUGUUCCUUAGCCGUUGCCGACUCUGACAUCAGUGUCUUCUUCUCCUUCUAGUCUCGCUCUUCUCUUCACUCACAAUAAUGUCGGGACGAUCAAACCAGUGGUUUGUGCCAGGCGAUGGCAUCGCCCGCGAAGUCAUCACGGCCGACAUCCAGCGCUAUUUGGGCCCAAACGCGCUGGUACGACCCGGAAUAGGCACUGGUGAACAUGAGGGCCGACCAGGCUAUUUGAUCACCGCAUAUCGCACGCUCACCACGCAAAUGAUUGCGGAUCUAAAGCUGGAUUCACAGCGCUGGCAACAGGAGGCAGGACGAGUGGCAUAUCAGGACUCCCGGACCCACGCCGCAAGGCAGCACUGGGGCCCAAGUGCCGUGACUGCUCCAACAGAAUAUCCUCAGACCUGUGAACCACAGAGAUCAGGAUACAGCCAGUAUGGUGGCCAAGGUGAAAACUCUGCGUACACAACGGCUCCUCCCCCCACGCAGUAUACAUCUCAGCAGCCGGGUUAUACCGUCUCCCCCCAGGCUACCCACCACGCACAACCAAGGACACAGCCACAGCAGGAUUCAUAUCCUGGUUACUCAUCACAGUCCAGGGAGCAAUCAGCUUAUUCCAUGCCAUAUUAUCCUUCGCAGGCACCCCAAGACCCCCCUAGGGCAAAUCCACCACCGCCCCAAUACAAUUACAGCACCCAGCCAAGGUAUUUUGGUUACUUUGACGAUCAUUUUUUGGUAUAUCGCUAAGCCCGUUUAGUCCUGCGCCUGGUUACUAUAUCGCCUCAGAUGGUCGCCGUAAGUAGUGCUUGUCCUGUGCGGAUCCCUUCUCCCACUGACAACGCGUUCUCCCAGAAUAUCCUAUAUCUGCGCAGCCACAGCAACCGCAGCCUAACUCUGGUCGAGCGCGUCGGAGCGGUCAAUCUUGAUUUAAUUUUAAAUGUCCUUUUUUGUUUUUUUUCCAAGAUCCGGAUGUAGAUCUUCCAUGGCCG